AUGGCGCCUGGUUUCUCGGUUGCCGUCUCGCCAUUCUCUCUCAAUUCCAAUGAUGAAAUUAAACAGAGUGCCAGCACGCUGGCUUGGGACUUGAUGCAGUACUAUAAAGGAAACCUUUCCGGCCAGACACCAGGAAUCCUUCCUGGGCCGCCUCCUGCUGGUCCUUACUACUGGUGGGAAGCCGGGGCAAUGUGGGGGACACUUAUUGACUACUGGGCUUGGACGGGGGAUCCAAGUUAUAAUGAUGAUAUUAUGCAAGCCAUGCAAUGGCAGGUUGGACCGAAUGACGCAUAUAUGCCGCCUAAUGUUACUGCGUCUUUAGGAAACGACGAUCAGGGCUUUUGGGGAAUGUCUGCUAUGAGCGCUGCCGAGAUGAUUUUCCCCAACCCGCCCUCAGACAAACCCCAGUGGCUUGCUCUUGCACAAGCUGUUUUUAACACUCAGGCAAGCCCGGACAGGCAUGAUAAAACGUGUGGAGGUGGUCUGCGGUGGCAAAUCCCAUUCGCGAAUAAUGGUUAUAACUACAAGGCAAGCAUCGCCAACGGCUGCUUCUUAAACCUGGGAGCGCGACUGUAUCGGUAUACUGGCAAUAGCACGUUCUCUGACUGGGUUAACAAAACAUGGAAUUGGAUGGAAAGUGUUGGCUUUCUAAAUAAUGAGACCUACGCUAUUUACGAUGGAGCAAACGUCGACGAUAAUUGUACGGAUAUCAACAAGGCCGAAUUUUCCUACAAUAACGGCGUAUUCGCUCUAGGAGCAGCGUAUAUGUAUAAUGCAACCAAGGAUCAGGUUUGGGAGGAUAGAGUUACGAAGCUUGUAGAUUACGGCCUCAAAACUUUCUUUCCAGAUGGGAUCGCUGUCGAAAUAGCGUGCGAAAAUGCAGGUACCUGUACCACCGAUAUGAUUACCUACAAGGGCUUUCUGCAUCGCUGGUAUUCGUAUAUUACUCUGCUGGCGCCGUUUACUGCUCAGACGAUAAACCCAGUGCUCAAAACAUCCGCAACAGCCGCCAUUAAACAAUGUACUGGUGGCACUAAUGGUAGACAAUGUGGAUUCAAAUGGGCUAGCGGCAAGUAUGAUGGACAAACUGGCGCUGGUCAGGAAAUGAGCGUGCUAGCAGCAGUGUCUUCUCAACUCGCCCAUGUCGCAGCCAAGGCGCCGGCAACGGCAGAGUCUGGAGGAAUAUCCAAAGGAAAUGCGAACGCGGGGUCUGGAGCCGACGACUUCCAACUAAAUGUCCAUCCAGUUACGGUAGGAGACAAAGUGGGCGCCAGCGUCGUCACCCUCUUAAUAUUAGGAGGUGCUGGUGCUGUAUUUGGCUUCAUGACUAUAAGCAAGUAG